CUUAAUUUGGUGGGGUUACAUUAAAAAGACAGAGAUAUUAACUCUGACCACGGCCUGUAACAUGGAGCUGUACAAGUUUCCCUUCGACACACAAAUCUGCAACCUAACCUUUAAAUCCUUAAUGUAUUCAGAACAAGACGAGCUUCAAGUGUAUGGCUAUUUAAAUAACCCUCUUAAUAAUGAUCCUCAAUCAAACCAGUCUUUUCAGAUCCCAGGAGAGUGGCAACUUGCAAACUUGACAGAAUCACAUGUCAACGGAGGAAAUGUGUUUCAGUUGACCAUCAAGAGGAAACCUUUAGUGUAUGUCAUCAACUUAAUUUUUCCAGUAUUUUGUUUCCUGUUGCUGGAUGUGGGCUCCUUCUUCAUAAAUGCAUCUCAAGGAGAUAAACUGAGCUUUAAAGUGACUUUACUCUUGUCCAUUUCUGUACUGCUGCAAGUUCUUAAUGACAGACUGACCGCUACAAACAAUGGUAUUCCAUUAAUUGGGGUUUACUGUGGAGUGGUUUUCACACUUAUUGGCUUUAGCAUUCUUGAGACCAUCCUUGUGAAUGUUCUGAAAGCUAAAGGGAAAAAGGCCAAAUCAGCAACACCAAAGAACACCAAGGCUGCUGUAACUGGUCCAGAUCAUGUAAAUGACUUGAAUAACUCUCUAGAAACCAGUGGAAACGAGGAGCCGAUGUUUAUGCUUGUCAUUGGAAAGAAGUCAUCGCUGUGGACCAAAGCUGCAAAAAUUAUUGAUGUGACCUUCAUUGUUUUGUACAUAAUCACCAUUAUUGUGUUUCUUUCUGUAAUUGGUUCGAAAUGGUUAGAGUAACAUCCUCUUAUAUGUAAAAUGGCAUGCAAAGCUUAAUUUGGAAGUUGUUUUGUUUAUUGUUUUCGACAAUACAGAAUUAUA